GCUGCAUAGGAAAUACCUGUAUUUUUAGGGCAAUGUCUGUGCGUUUGGUGGUGAAAAUUGAUUCGUGUUACUCUCUUUUUCGUUUUCGACACUUUUCAUAUACCUGCAAAAUACUGAUGGAUGCAAAUGGCCAUACAUGUAAGUUAUCGAUAUUAGGCCGUUAUUUGCAGUUCAUUGGCUAGUUAUUUGGGGGUAAGGCCUUAUUGUUCAAGCGAUAUUAACAUUGGCUGUUUGCAUUAGCUUCAUUGUCAUCACCGGUUCGCUUGGCGUCAGGUGUGGAGAUGCAGACAAGAUGGACACCACAACCGUCAAUGACAAUGAUGAAGACUGAAGAUACUCCUCGACUCAUCGAGAUGAACCCUUCAAGAGGCACACAAGGCACUGUAAUUACGUUGGUGAUUCAAUCGCUGCCUAUUCAUCACAUCUCAGAUAUCAAAAUUGCUUUCAACGACCUGGUACUUGAUACAAAACAAAUGCAAGCCCAAGGGAUCACAUCGCUGGUAGCUACGGUCCCACCAUUGAUCCAGAUAAACACAUCUUCUACCGUGGUGCCCAUCUCCAUUUGUCUCUUGAACAGGGACACCGUGAUCGAAGCGUGGCCCAUGGGCGAAUUCACGUACUUGGUUUCCAAUAACUCCGGCACUAAUGAUUUUCACCCCACACCAGAAGAAAACUAUUUUCUGAAUUCUCCGUCGGUGUGUGAAUCGACUUAUGUCUCGCCGGUCGGCGUGCCUUACCGUGGCCAGCAUGAUUCUUUUACUCGAGGCACAGAUUACUAUCAAUCGGAACAAGGUCCAUUCGACCGUUCAGCGGCAACAGAUUAUUCUUCCUCCUUCGGGGGAGUCGCCGCACCUGAUCCCGGGUUUACUCAGAUGGUUUCCGCUGACUUUCAAUCGAAUCCAGCCCAGCGGUCGACCUAUCCGAUCAGAUAUGAUACCAGCCAACGGCCUGGAUCGUACAUCCCUCCGAGCUCCGUCGGUAGUUACCAGCCGUAUUCGCGCUUAGUCAGUCGGUCUAGUCUCCGGAUCGAAGGCGACAUCGAUAGCAUGAUGGCCAAUUGGAGUCCUGAAGAAUGGAGCCAGCGUCGUCGACUAGUUCAGUUCUGGCGUGAAUCGUUCGCCAAAGGUAUACGCUGCAGCUUCCAUCCUGCAACUCCCACCGGUGAAAAAACCAUAGGAACUCACAAUGACGGCCAUCGUAACGGACCAUCGAUUAUUGUCUCCUGCAUCUAUUGGGCUGAGCGAAAUGACUGGUUUAUUACGUCCGUCGAUUGUCUCCAUCUGCUGGAAAGUUUAUUGAACAUCCGUUUCAGCGUGGAAGAGAAGAAUCGGAUACGAAGAAACUUGGAAGGAUUCCGCCCCAUCACGGUCAGCAAGUGCAAAUCAGACUGCACGGACUUUUUCAAAUUGAUCAUGAACUUCCCUAGCCCCAAGCCACGUAACAUUGAAAAAGACGUCAAAGUAUUCCACUGGAAAGCCUUGCCCUACGCCCUCAAAAAAAUCGUCGCAAAAUAUACCGCCUUCGCCUCACCCACACUGCAAGAGAAACACACCGUGAUUACACAGACGCCACCACGACAAUCUGAGACACCUCAGACUAUACCAAUGUCGCAACAGGCCCCCUCCCCGCCCUCCUCGCAACAAGUGUACUCCUCGCAGUAUUUGUAUCCUACUUCAAUGUCUCCCAUCAGUCGUAUACCGUCGGAAUCAUCGUCGUCUUCGGGAUCGUCACCGUACACUGUAUCCAACGAUCAUUUGCACCAAAGCUACGGCGCGGCGGCCUCGUCAGCCUAUACAUCUCCUCCUUCCAAGAUCCAUGUACAACGAGAUCCAGACAAUGAAUCCUAUGCCCAAAGCUUCCCAUCUUUCGUCGAUCCAAUGCCUCAAAUCAAAUCAUUGGAAGAAGACUAUCAUCGCAGAAUUGCUCAGCAGAUGAUGGCUAACAUGCGUUGAAUGAGAUAGCUUACCAAUUCGUUUGGUCUGUGAGAAUUGUAUAUACGUAGUACAUAUCUUUUGACUAUUUUACUAUGUAUCUCUUAGUUUUUGUUCUCUUUUUUCUUGUUAUAGAUUUAUUUGAAUCCAUGUAUAUUUUAUAGAUUAUAUUUCAAAAUCUACAAUAGACCCAGUCUUUCGUAGAGAAUAAGGUACUGACUGAUCCGGACACUUUUCUUUUAAUUUUAUGCAAACACCCAGAGGGAAAC